AUAUGAAAAAAUGAAAUUCGUAUGCAUUUUGGCGACGAGGAUCUUCAAAUCACGAUAGCUCUUAAGAUCUGUUCAUAUUAAUUACUUUUGAAAUCUCGCUCAGAUCCGUCUUCGAUUCAUACUAUUGAAGCAAGAAAGCAAGGAUUUCGAUUGAAUCGAUUGAAUCGAUAGAAGAUGAGAAAGCUUCUAAUGAACCUGUUGUGGUUGUUCUUCUUCUUGUUUUGCUGGCAAGGUGCGACGAUCUCCGAAGCAAAGUAUGUCAAGUACAGAGAUCCGAAAGUGGCGGUGGAUGUAAGAAUUAGGGAUUUGAUUAGAAGGAUGACGUUGAAGGAGAAGAUUGGACAGAUGAUUCAGAUUGAACGGACGGUUGCUUCAGCCGAUGUUAUGAAGAAUCAUUUCAUAGGAAGUGUAUUAAGUGAAGCAGGAAGUGAACCAGUUCCGAAGGCCUCUGCAAAAACAUUGAUUAAUAUGGUAAACGAGUUCCAAAAUGGCGCUCUUUCAACUCGUCUUGGAAUUCCUAUGUUUUACGGUAUUGACGCUGUUCAUGGCCACAAUAACGUAUACAAUGCCACCAUUUUCCCACACAAUGUUGGCCUUGGAGUCACUAGGGAUCCUAAACUUAUUAAGAGAAUUGGAGUUGCCACUGCUCUUGAAGUUAGAGCUACCGGAAUGCAAUAUGCCUUUUCCCCAUGUAUUGCGGUUUGUAGGGAUCCAAGAUGGGGUCGUUGUUUCGAAAGUUACAGCGAAGAUCAUCAAAUUGUUCAAGCAAUGACAGAUAUCAUACCAGGUUUACAAGGAUCUGCCCCUGCUGAUCAAAUGGGGUUUCCAUUUGUUGAUGGAAAGAGAAAAGUUGCAGCAUGUGCUAAGCACUUUGUGGGGGAUGGAGGGACAGUAAAUGGUAUAGAUGAGAACAACACAGUUAUUGACUUAAAAGAGUUGUUUAAAAUCCACAUGCCUGCUUAUAUUGAUUCCAUCAAGAAGGGAGUUUCUACAAUUAUGCUAUCUUAUUCGAGUGUGAAUGGAGUGAAGAUGCAUUCGAAUCGCCAUCUCGUGACUGAUUACCUCAAGAACAAACUCAAGUUCAUGGGAAUUGUAAUAUCAGAUUGGAAGGGGAUUGAUAAAAUCACAUCACCUCCACAUGCUAAUUACUCUUACUCAAUUCAAGCUGGGAUUUUAGCUGGAAUUGAUAUGGUCAUGGUCCCGUAUGACUUCAAGGAAUUCAUCAAUAUCUUGACGUAUCAAGUGAAGAACAAAAUCAUUCCUAUUAGCAGGAUUAAUGAUGCUGUAAGGAGGAUCUUGAGAGUCAAAUUUGUCAUGGGUUUGUUCGAACAUCCAAUGGCUGGUUACGAUUUGGUCAAUCAUCUAGGCAGCCAGGAACAUCGAGAAUUGGCUAGGGAUGCUGUGAGGAAAUCUCUUGUCCUACUAAAGAACCGAGAUUUGGCUAAUAAGCCUUUACUUCCUCUACCCAAAAAAGGCAUAAGAAUACUUGUUGCAGGUACUCAUGCUCAUAAUUUGGGUUAUCAAUGUGGAGGAUGGACAGUUACAUGGGAGGGCGUUGGUGGGAAUAACCGCAUUGUGGGUACGUCUAUAUUAAGAGGCGUGAGAAAAACAGUCUAUCCAACUACAAAAGUCAUCUACCGAGAAAACCCAGAUCGAGAAUUUGUUAAUUCAGGAAGAUUCUCCCACGCCAUUGUAGUUGUGGGUGAAACUCCAUAUGUUCAAUCAUUUGGUGAUAGUACCAAUCUGACAAUAACUGAACCUGGUCCGACCAUAAUAAACAACGUUUGUGGCCACCGCGGCGAUAUGAAAUGUGUGGUGAUUGUUGUUUCUGGUCGUCCACUUGUAAUUGAGCCUUAUCUUUCGAAAAUAGACGCACUUGUGGCAGCAUGGCUGCCAGGAUCGGAAGGACAAGGUAUUGCCGAUGUUGUAUUUGGUGAUUAUGGAUUCACUGGAAAACUUGCUCAAACUUGGUUCAAGACAGUUGAUCAACUUCCAAUGAAUGUUGGUGAUCCUCAUUAUGAUCCACUUUUCUCUUUUGGGUUUGGAUUGUUAACUGAACCCGUGGAGGAGAAGAAAUUCUUAAAAUGAUUGGAUUAAGAAUUAUAGACUUUAAUUAAUAUUGUUUGGAGUCUUUAAUAC